GCGCUCAUCUCCUUCUACCUCCACUACUACUGUCAGGGGUACUAAUGGAAAGGAUCAUCGCUUUGCCUUGUCCAAAUCCAAGGACCAGCUCAGAAACUCUGCUCCUCCUCCUCCUCCUGAUAAUAAGUGCUCUGAUGUGAAUUAAUUGAAUUCAAUAACUAAUGGCGAAUGCUAGCAAAAAGAGGGAUAUUGGAUGGAAUUAUGGCACUCAAGGAGCGACGAAAGAUUCGGUUAAUUGUAACUUUUGUGGGAGUACUUUUAAUGGUGGAAUAACUCGCCACAAACAACAUUUAGUGGGUGGUUUCAAGAAUGUUAAACAAUGUGCCGCUUGUCCGUCGGAGAUUAGAGAAGAAGUAAGGGCUUAUAUGCAAAACAAAAUCGCUAAUAAUCCCAAAUUUCAAGUGAGGUAGCCGGAAGAAUAUAUUGAUGUUGAUGCUCUUGAUGAAAUGGAUGACUAUGCGGAAAUGAUGCCUCCCUCCAAAACUCAAAAGAUAUCUUCUAGUGGAGGUUCAUCCACCGCACGGAAUGUGACGAAAGGACCUUUGAACCUCUAUUUAUCACAGAAAUCAACACAAAAAGGAGGCUUUGAAAAAGGAGGAGGAAUUGAUGAAACAAAGAAAAUUCUAAGAGAGCGUGUGGUAAGUGCUUUUGCAAUUUGGAUGUAUGAUGCCGAGCUCCCUUUUAAUUGCGUCAAUCACAAAUCAUUCGAUAAAUUUAUUGAGGCGGUUGGACAACAUGGCCCCGGAAUGAAGCCUCCUACAUUCCAUGAAGUUAGAGUCACUCACCUUAAAAAAAGAGGUGGAUAAAGUAGACAAAAUUGUUGAUGAGCAUAAAGUGCAAUGGACAAAGUUUGGAUGUUCCAUUAUGAUGGACAAAUGGACGGCACGAAAUAGCAAAAUGAUCAUCAAUAUUUUGGUGAAUUCUCCAAUCGGUAGUGUAUUUCUUGGUUCUGUUGAUGCUAGCAAUGAAUCUACUGAUUCCACCAAAAUGUACAAGUUAUUUGAAAGCACUAUCGAAAGAAUUGGACUGGAAAAUAUUGUACAAAUUGUCACCGAUAAUGCUAGUGAGAAUGUCAAAGCGGGAAGUAUGAUGAUGGAUGCGUACCCACACAUUUAUUGGAUUCCAUGUGCCGCUCAUUGCAUCAACUUGAUAUUUGGUGACAUAUUCAAGGUUAAGCCAUAUGCUUCCGUUUUUAAGAAGGCCAUCAGAAUCCAUUCUUAUAUUAGUCAAAGGCCAUUGUUGUUAAACUUGAUGAGAAAAUUCACUAAAGAAAGAAAUUUGGUGAAACCGGCCAAGACAAGAUUUGCAACGACAUUCUUAACUUUGAGAGCUAUGUACAUACAAAGAAAAAACUUGAAAACUUUAGUCCUCUCAACCGAAUGGAAUUCAAGUAAAUUUGCAAAGGUAACUUUGGGGAAAGAAGUUGUCAAUCUUAUUAUAUCUGUCCACUUUUGGAAUGAUGUUGUUCGGGCACUUACAAUUUGUGGCCCUUUGACAAAAGUGCUUCGUUUGGUGGAUGGGGAGAAAAAAUCACCAAUGGGUUAUAUUUAUGAAGCAAUGGAUAGAGCCAAAGAAGCUAUUGCACAUGGUUUUCGUGGAGUUAGAAGCAAUAUGAGAAAGUGUAUGAAAUUAUUGAUGCAAGGUGGUCAGAACAACUCCAUCGGCCUUUGCAUGCUGCAGGCCAUGUUUUGAACCCAGGAUUAUAUUAUAAAGCUCAAGAAGAGGGAACUUUAGCAAAGAUUCUAUGGACCGAGUAUAUUGUAUGUGUUGAGAAGUUGGUCCAUGAUACAACAAUACAAGAUGCACUAGUCGCUGAGCUUCCUAAGUACAAAAUGGCGGAUGGACUAUUUGGUUGUGGUCCGGCUAAAAGAGCUAGAGACACAAGGUCACCGGGUAAGUGGGUUGAUUUAGAUCUUACUUAAAUUAUUUGACUUAUUUAUAGUCACUAACCUUUAAAUUUAUUUUAUUAUAGUUGAAUGGUGGUCACUAUUUGGUAGUGAAACACCAAACUUGCAAAAGUUUGGCCAACCCUAGUACGAGAGGACUGGGUUGGGCCAUAAAAGUAUUAAGCCUAGCUCAUCCGGAUGUGAGGGAAAUUGGAGUGUGUUUGAACACGUAAGUAAAAAUUUAUAUCCUAAUUUUCAUAUUAUAUUAUUAUCAAUAUCAACUAGUUAAUAUCAAUAACUUAUGCACAGAUUCAUUCCAAAAAGAGGAAUAGGCUUACACUAUCGCGUCUCAAUGAUCUA